AUGAAACGAAUGAAUUAUGCUCAUGUUUUACCAAAUUUUUUAAAGAAUGUGAUUUUAGUAAAACUAAAGGAGAAAAAAAUUAUACGUGUACAUGUCCCACUAAAUUUGGUCAUGAUCAAAUCACCUAUCAACCAAAAUAAUUGCCAACCUUAUGGAGGAAAUUCAAGGUUGGUAAAUAAGAAGCCUCCAUUACGAUGUCCGUUUUGUUACGAAAUAUGUAAUAUAGCAUAG